AUGAAAUUCAACAAGUUUCUUGCGAGUUUUGCAUCCUUUUCUUUAUUGACACAAGUAAUUGCCGCUCCAGCAAAAAGAGAUGAUGGUGAUGAUGGUGAUGAUGGUGAUGAUGAUGUUGUUGUUGUGACGCUUCAAACUACUGUACAAGACAUGCAUACCAAUACCCAUGUUGUUUAUGCACCAACUUCAACAUAUACCAAUUACAUCGUCAGUGCAAGUACCACGACUGUCACCCAUUAUACUGCUACUGUUACAUCCACCAUUUGGGGUACGCCACAUACAUACACCACUGUUGCCACCACCCCCAUAUCUGCAGCUGAUGUUUCACCCAUCAGUGAAAAUGAAAUUCAGUCAUCGACCCCUGAGCAACAACAGCAGCAGCAACAAACGAAACAAACGCAAGAUACAAUGUCUAGUUUCACUUCAACAUCUUCUACUACAAUCGCUCAACAAAAUACUGCCGACAGCACAACAUCUUCAUCAUCCCCAGGACAGGCUGCGUCAUCGUCAGCUCAACAAACUGCUGCUGCUCCAGGCUCUUCAUCAUCAACUCAAUUAGUUCAGCCAUCGAGCUCCCAGUUGUUGGCAGACACAACAGACUCUUUGACCAAUGGCCCAACAAUUACCACUACUGAUAUCCCCACAAGUACCGAUUCCUGGAUAAUUGAAAACGUGACUACAAUUACUUCUGAUGGAGUUUGUUAUGUCAAUUACGACUAUUACUACGAUGGUGAAACUGACGCUGAAGAGACUGUGACACUGACAUCAACGUACUACACUACUGUUACCGUUAGUUAG